CAUUCUUUGAUAGUUCAUUUUCCCUGUAUAUAAAAACCAAUCGUGUGAAUCCGUAUCGCCCCUCGUUUUCCUGAACAACUUUUUUUUUACAUGUUUAUUUUCUCAUUAUAUGGCCCUAAGUUUUAUAUUGUUCAGUUUUCGAAAAAGGUACCAUUAUUUAAAUAACAUGCAUUCGCAACAAUUUCCUUUGGAAUGUGCAGGUGAAUAAUAUGCGUUCAAAAUUCGGUUUUCAAACUGUGUCAGAUAUUGCAUGCUUUUUGUUACUAAUAAUAUUGGUUCGAUGAUUAUUCAUCACCAUACAAAAAAAAACCACUUGGUCAACAAUGGAUUCUAUAGUGAUGAAUAAUUAUCGAGCCCAAAAUCUUAUUAACCAAUUCAAGUCUCUAAUCACUAAAAUUCUUAACCUGCUUGUCAAACUGUUAACAUAAUAUUGAUCCACACGCAAAACCAAUGAUGCAAAAUAUGUACUAACGCUGCUGCCUGCUGAAUGCCUGAUGUUUGCACGAAGUGUUUCGGAUCAACACAAACCGAGCGGAUAGAGAUUAAGAAGUGAUUCAUAACGGAACUAACCCCCUUAUACCGAGAAUGCACGCGACUGAUCCUUCAACCCAUAACAUUGUUUGUCACAUUUCCUUGUAGCGAGGUAUUGUAUAAUACUUUUCCCAUCUCGGGUCACCGGUGGUUGCGCAGGCAGCGCCCGCAAUCCACGUACCUAAUAAGUCAAGAAACCGCUAUCAACAGAUGGCGGAUUCGAACAGGGAAGAGGAACGGGUUAAUCUACUCGGUGAGGAGGGCAUUCGAGCUGGUGGUGCCGGGGCACAGGGACAAAACCUAAAACUAGGCUUCGUCGCCGGUGUUAUCUUACGCGAGCGCCUUCCAGCGUUCGAGCGGAUGUUAUGGCGGGCUUGUCGGGGCAAUGUGUUCCUGCGUCAGGCAAUGAUCGAAUCGCCACUGGAGGAUCCUGCGAAUGGCGACAAAGUUUACAAGUCGGUGUUCAUCAUCUUCUUCCAAGGAGACCAGCUGAAAACGCGUGUCAAGAAGAUAUGUGAGGGUUUCCGCGCUACGCUUUACCCUUGUCCAGAGGCACCAACCGACCGACGUGAGAUGGCAAUGGGUGUUAUGACCCGCAUCGAGGAUUUGAACACUGUCCUCGGGCAAACUCAAGACCAUCGUCACCGGGUUCUGGUGGCGGCCGCUAAGAAUCUUAAAAAUUGGUUCGUCAAGGUGCGCAAAAUUAAAGCCAUCUACCAUACGCUGAACCUGUUCAACUUGGAUGUAACCCAGAAGUGUUUGAUUGCCGAGUGCUGGGUUCCGUUGUUGGACAUUGAGACUAUCCAAAUAGCGCUGCGUCGAGGAACGGAAAGAUCGGGUUCAUCGGUUCCGCCUAUUUUGAAUAGGAUGGAAACCUUCGAGGACCCACCGACUUACAACCGGACGAACAAGUUUACGAGCGCUUUUCAAGCGUUAAUAAACGCGUAUGGCGUUGCGAGCUAUCGCGAGAUGAAUCCGGCACCGUAUACAAUCAUUACGUUCCCGUUCUUGUUCGCGGUUAUGUUUGGCGAUUUGGGACACGGCGCCAUUAUGGCUCUCUUCGGUCUCUGGAUGGUGCUGAAGGAAAAACCACUUGCGGCCAAGAAAACUGACAACGAGAUUUGGAAUAUCUUCUUCGGUGGACGUUACAUCAUUUUCUUGAUGGGAGUGUUUUCAAUGUACACUGGUUUCGUGUAUAAUGACAUUUUUUCCAAGUCGCUGAACGUGUUUGGAUCGACUUGGAGCAUCAAUUAUAACACUUCUACUGUUAUGACGAACAAAGCACUUCAACUGAACCCAGGAACCAACGACUACAGUGGUACACCCUAUCCGAUUGGGUUGGAUCCAGUGUGGCAGAUAGCAGGAAACAAAAUUAUUUUCUUGAAUGCCUAUAAAAUGAAGAUUUCCAUUAUAUUUGGAGUCAUCCACAUGCUGUUUGGCGUCUUCGUGGGGUUGUUCAAUCACCGUUAUUUCAAGAACAAACUGUCUAUCUAUUGUGAAUUCAUCCCGCAAGUUAUCUUCCUAGUUUUCCUGUUCUUCUACAUGACGCUGAUGAUGUUCAUCAAAUGGACUUCAUACUCUGCUAGCAGCGACACUGUCAGAUACUCCGCUGGAUGUGCUCCGUCUAUUUUGAUAACAUUCAUCAACAUGGUCUUAUUCAAGCCAUCUGCUCCAGUAGGUGAAUGUGAUCCUUUCAUGUUCGCCGGACAGUCUGGGCUACAAAAGUUCCUUGUCGUAGUUGCACUGCUCUGUGUACCAUGGAUGCUCCUGGCUAAGCCGAUUAUGAUCAUGCGUAGCCGUAAGGAGGUAGCGCAUCAGCCUAUGGCUCCCUACAGCAAUGAGAAUGGUGAUGCAGAGGGAGGCCUUAAUCAGCACAAUGCGGCACAACCUCCGGUCAAUCAGCAAGGCGGAACCGGCGGUGGACACGGACAUGAGAAUGAGGAGAUGUCGGAAAUAUUCAUUCACCAGGGCAUUCAUACCAUUGAAUAUGUUCUAGGAUCCGUUUCACACACUGCUUCGUAUCUUCGUUUGUGGGCUUUAUCUCUCGCUCAUGCUCAAUUGGCUGAAGUAUUGUGGAAUAUGGUGCUAAAGAAUGGUCUCCAACAAGAAGGUUGGAUCGGAGGAAUUGCAUUGUGGGCCAUUUUUGGUUUCUGGGCUAUCUUAACCGUUGGCAUCUUGGUGCUCAUGGAAGGACUCUCGGCUUUCCUUCACACCCUUCGUUUGCAUUGGGUGGAAUUCCAGAGCAAGUUCUACGCCGGUCUGGGUUAUGCAUUCCAACCAUUCUCAUUUGAAGUAAUUUUGGAUGCCAGCUCUAGCUCAUCGGAAGAUUAAACAUCAUUUGGACAGUAAAAUAAUCCCUGAUUGUUGAAAUAAAUGUUGCAUCAAAUAAAAUAAUCCAAGCUAACUCGAAAUAUUAAAUUAAAGAAUAUGUUAAUGUGCUAAUAUAUCUAAAUCAAAGUCAAACUAUUAUGCUGGGUAAAAUAGAAUUAAAGAAGUAUUUGUUAUAAAAAACACACUCUCUAAAAUAUUUCAAAAUGUCAGCCAAAUACUUUCAUUACAGGAUGUAUAUCAAUUUAAAUCACAUUAAUCACAUUUAGAGCUAUAUUAUAUCAAUGUUCAAUGCAUUAUAACCACCUAUAUAAAUAAUCUUAGCACGUUACAGACGCAGCACAAUAGAA